GUCGCACAAGUGGCAUGACUCUUUUAAGCCGGUAGUUGAAUCGCUGAGGGAAGCUGUAGUGGGAGUAUUCGAAGAUUCGCUUCGUGUAUUUAAAGUUGGAAUUUGCUGCUAAACAUGGCGGACCCAGAUGUCCUCACCGAGGUUCCAGCAGCAUUGAAGAGGUUAGCCAAGUAUGUAAUACGGGGAUUUUAUGGCAUUGAGCAUGCCUUGGCCUUGGACAUCUUGAUUCGGAACCCCUGUGUGAAAGAAGAAGAUAUGUUGGAGCUGCUCAAGUUUGAUCGGAAGCAACUUCGAUCAGUUUUGAAUAAUUUAAAGGGAGACAAGUUUAUCAAAUGCAGAAUGAGGGUAGAGACUGCUGCGGAUGGGAAAACCACUCGCCAUAACUACUAUUUUAUCAAUUACCGUACUCUCGUUAAUGUGGUAAAAUAUAAAUUGGAUCACAUGAGAAGGAGGAUUGAGACGGAUGAGAGAGAUUCCACCAACCGGGCCUCCUUCAAAUGUCCUGUCUGUAGUAGUACUUUCACAGACUUAGAAGCUAAUCAGCUCUUUGAUCCCAUGACAGGAACUUUCCGCUGUACUUUUUGCCAUACAGAGGUAGAGGAGGAUGAAUCAGCAAUGCCCAAAAAAGAUGCACGCACACUUUUGGCAAGGUUUAAUGAACAAAUUGAGCCCAUUUAUGCAUUGCUUCGGGAGACAGAGGAUGUGAACUUGGCCUAUGAAAUACUUGAGCCAGAACCCACAGAAAUCCCAGCCCUGAAACAGAGCAAGGACCGCACAGCAUAUACUGCUGGAGCUGCUGGCCUGGCAGGUGGGCACCACCGGGAAGCAUGGACCACCAAAGGUCCCUCUUAUGAGGACUUAUACACUCAGAAUGUUGUCAUUAACAUGGAUGACCAAGAAGAUCUUCAUCGAGCCUCACUAGAGGGGAAAUCUGCCAAAGAGAGGCCCAUUUGGUUGAGAGAGAGCACUGUCCAAGGGGCAUAUAGUUCUGAAGAGAUGAAAGAAGGUGGCAUGGAUAUGGACGCAUUUCAGGAGCGUGAGGAAGGCCGUGCAGGGCCUGAUGAUAAUGAGGAGGUCAUGCGAGCACUGCUUAUUCACGAGAAGAAGACUCUCUCCGCUGUGACUGGUUCAGUGGGGGCGUCUGCUCCUGUGACCACCGCCAAUGGCAGUGACUCAGAGAGUGAGACCAGUGAGUCAGAUGAUGAUUCUCCACCCCGUCCUGCAGCUGCGGCUGUACAUCGUCGAGAAGAGGAUGAGGAGGAGGAUGAUGAGUUUGAAGAAGUAGCAGAUGACCCUGUUGUCAUGGUGGCUGGCCGUCCAUUCUCCUACAGUGAAGUGAGUCAACGGCCAGAGCUGGUAGCCCAGAUGACACCAGAAGAAAAGGAAGCAUAUAUAGCCAUGGGACAACGCAUGUUUGAGGACCUCUUUGAGUGAGCUGUCUCUACCUUUCCUCCUUUCUCUAAUGCUCACCUUUGAAAGAAAAUGUUUUAGUGGCUUUCUGCUCCUGUUGAUGUGAAGCAACUGUUAAUUUUGUGCAAAGAAUAAUGGAGAAAAAGUUUGAUUUUUAUGUCAGAUAGUUUUCAGCAAGGUAGGUUGGCUAUAAGCAUUCCCUUCCCUACUAUUACUACAGUAUUAAUAUUUUGCUGUAUUUCUUUAUCUAAUUUUUUCCUUUGCUUUUGAAGACACAUUUUUCUCUCUUCUGAAAUGAGUGAGGGAAAUCCAUUAGUAAAUUCUUCCUGUCUACCUACAAAAUAGGUUAUCUACCUACUCUGAUAGGUUACAAUAAUUCACUGGUCACAUCCUUUUUUAUCUGUUCUGACUAAGCAUUCCAAACAAUUCCUUAUAUUGCUGCCAACCAAAGCAACUUUUCAACAGAAAAAUUAUUGAUAAGGGGGAAAAAUUCUAAAACUUCCCCCAAAUUUUAGUAUUUGCUUAAAAUUGAGGUUGGGGUCAAUAUGUAAGGGGAGGUUGGAGUAUAUGUGAAAGAAGGAUGGAUAUGCCUGAGUCUCUUGAUUAAUAUUUGAACCAGAAGUUGUGUCUUUAAAACUGAAUGAAGUGGUAGAUUCUCUUGUUUUGCUUAAUCCUUUUUGGUUUGAACUUAGGGUAAUAGAAAACAGAAGGUACGCUUGGUAAAUCUUAUGAAAAAAAGAAAAAACAUAUACAUGGAAUAAGUCCAUAUAAGGGAUUGAGAGCAGAGAGCAUUGGAAACAGUGCCUUAGAACUAACUGAAUUUGAUCUGAUUUGGAUAUUUUUGUGUGUAGAGCUGAGACUGAUCCCAUUUCCAACCCCCUUCUUCUAUAGACCCUUUGUCAGUGCUAUAAAUUGUUUGAGGCCAUUCCAGCAAAAACCAACAUAGAAUAAUUGAUUGCUAUCUCUUGCCCUCCCCAACAUUGUGGAAGGCUUUCUCUGUUUCACUUUUUAUUCCUGUCAGACAUGGUAUUUUUGAGUGCAUCCUGUAUUUUUGAGUGCAUCCUGUAUAUUUUUGAGUAUUGUGACCUCAAGGAACAGUUUAUUUUGGAUUCUGAUAUGUAGCGUGGUAUUAUGCCCUAAGGCAGAACUUCAGAAAUAAAGAACUUUCAU